AUGGAACUCCACAUCUUGGAGCACCGGCUGCAAGUUGCCAGCGUCGCCAAGGAGAGUAUCUCGCUCUUUACCUACGGCUUGAUCAAACUUGCCUUCCUGUCGUCCAAGACCAGGUGCGUUUUCAGCACAUUAACCCACAGUGCCACUCCAGGACAAUACAUUGUUGUUGUUAGUGCUGGUGGCUUUAUUGAGCUGCCCUCCUCGGAGCACUUGAGUGUAGCAGAUGCCACCUGGCUGGCCCUGAAUGUGGUGUCUGGGGGUGGCAGCUUCUCCAGCUCCCAGCCCAUCGGUGUGACCAAGAUCGCCAAGUCAGUCAUCGCCCCGCUGGCUGACCAGAACAUCUCCGUGUUCAUGUUAUCCACCUACCAGACGGACUUCAUCCUGGUGCGUGAACGGGACCUGCCUUUUGUCACCCACACCUUGUCAUCUGAGUUCACCAUCCUGCGAGUUGUCAAUGGGGAGACAGUGGCAGCUGAUAACACCGGCAUCACCAACGGCUUUGUGAAGCCCAAGAUGGUCCAGAGACCGAUCAUCCACCCGCUGUCCAGCCCAAGCAACAGGUUCUGUGUCACCAGCCUGGACCCUGAUACGCUGCCGGCUGUGGCCACCCUCCUCAUGGACGUCAUGUUCUACUCUAACGGAGUGAAAGACUCGAUGGCUGCCGGCGACGAACACGACCAUGACCACAUCCGCUUCUUCUCCUUCUCCCUGAUCGAGGGCUACAUCUCCCUGGUGAUGGACGUGCAGACCCAGCAGAGGUUUCCUAGUAAUUUGUUGUUCAUGAGUGCGUCCGGGGAGCUCUGGAAGAUGGUGCGGAUCGGAGGCCAGCCCCUGGGAUUCGACGAGUGCGGGAUCGUGGCCCAGAUCUCGGAACCCUUGGCUGCUGCAGACAUCCCUGCCUACUAUAUCAGCACGUUCAAGUUUGACCAUGCCCUGGUACCAGAAGAAAACAUCAAUGGCGUCAUCAGCGCCCUGAAAGAUAGUCAAGCCGGGAAACACUAG